ACGCGAGACGCAUGAACAUGGGUUGCUGACUGUCUAUGGUUGCUGACGGUCGCAUGCUAGUCUGAUGUGUGCAAGUGGCGCAUAACACAGAUUUAAAAACUGCAUUUAAAAGAAAUACAAAAUUUCCUGGCGUUGGGUAGCUCUUUUGUUGUUUUAGGUUGCAAAUAGUUCCAAAAAAAUGAUGAACUACUCAGACUAUGAUUCUGAUGACUAUUCGUCAAAUGAGGAUGAAGAUUAUGUCCCAUCUGAUGACAAUUUGAGUGAAGACGAUUUGAAUGAGUGUGUGCCAGAGGAAGGUUUGGAUGGGGAGGGCCAAGGUGAACCACAAAGCAAGGGCAUGAAAAAGAAGAAGAAGAAAGGCAAAGAUAUCACAGCGAGGAAGAGGAAGAAAAUUGGACUGAAGCUUGAAGGUGAAGAGGAAGAUGGUGUAAAGCAGCAGGAGGACAAAGCAGAGCAGGUCGAAGAGGAGACCUCUGCCGAGCCUGAACCCAAGGCUGACCAGAAGAAGAAGGAAGAUGACCUGUGGGCAAGCUUCUUGAGUGAUGUUGGCCAGCGACCUAAACCUGUAUCUGCAGACAGAUCAGACAAGGAAGGCCCAUCAGAUGCCUGCCAGGAGGUACCCAAAGAAAAGGCUCCCUCUAAAAUCACCAUCACCAAAGUGUUUGAUUUUGCUGGAGAGGAGGUGCGGGUGACCAAAGAGGUGGACGCUGACUCCAAGGAGGCAAAGAGCUACCUGAUGGAAGAGAAGAGUCAGUCUGAGUCUGCUCCUCCCGUGCAAUCAAAGCCCACUUCGUCCGCCCCUGCGCCCAGUGGGAAGAGGCCAGCGGGGAUGAGUGGCAUCCUGAACCGCCUCGGAGGGAAGAAGCAGAAGAUGAGCACGCUGGAGAAGUCCCGCCUCGACUGGGACACCUUCAAGAGCGAGGAGGGCAUCAACGACGAGCUGGCCAUCCACAACCGCGGCAAAGAAGGGUAUGUGGAGAGGAAGAACUUUCUGGAAAGAGUGGACCAGAGACAGUUCCAGCUGGAGCGAGCAGUCCGUCUGCACAACAUGAAACAAUGACAUGGCGAAGCAGCGAUGAGAACAACACCAUCAAGGGACCACACACCACAGACACACAUAGACGGACAAACACACACACAGUCUGCUUUUGUUUUCAGGUCACCAUCGCAAUCCACAAUCCAUCGGCAUCCACUCACACGAUUUCUUGUUCUACUGUGUCGAUACAGAAGAAGUCAGUACAUUGCGGGAGCCAUCAUGCAUAGCAGUACCUGUUCCUGUCCACUAGGCAUCACCUGUAUAAAUGGAUGGAGGGCUGGAGAUGGGGCUCAGACCCACCAGGAUGAAGGGGACAGAACGUUCCCAGAGCUCUGAUUGGACAGUUAUUGAAGUGGGGUGGGCCCAAUGGGGGACACUGCUGCCCAGUGGGGGACAUGCAACUGGGUCAGCACACUUGAUGAAGAGCUGAAGAGAGAGCAAGAGCUGGGUAGUCGAGAUGAGGCAGACUUAAAGGAGGACACGUUUCAACCUAGAGCCCUGUUGUUGCAGGUCUUUGAGUACUGU